AUGAUUAUGUUUCCUCAUUUUGGGAAGAUUUCUCUGGGUAUUCUGAUAUUUGUCCUGAUAGAAGGAAACCUUCCAUCAUUAACAGCACAAACCUACUUAUCUUUAGAAGAGAGCCAAGAACCCAAGAGUACAGUUUCUUUUCUCCUGACUGACUCAGAAUCCACAGACUCUUCUCUGUCUAUCGAAAAGAAACAACCUAUGGACCACAGAGAAACUGAGAGACAGUGGUUGCUCAGAAGAAAGCGAUCUACUCUGUUUCCUAAUGGUGUGAAAACCUGCCCAGAUGAAAAUGUUACAGAGGCUAUGGCAAACCAUAUGAAAUAUUUUAAAGUCCGAGUAUGCCAGGAAGCUGUCUGGGAAGCCUUCAGGACUUUUUGGGAUCGACCUCCUGGGCGUGAAGAAUAUCAUUACUGGAUGAAUUUGUGUGAGGAUGGAAUCACAACUAUAUUUGAAAUGGGCACACAUUUUAGUCAGUCUGUGGAACAUAGAAGCUUAAUUAUGAAGAAACUGACAUACACAAAGGAAACUGUAAGCAGCCCUGAAUUGUCAUCUCCAGUUCCUGUUGGUGAUACCUCAACAUUGGGAGGUGCCAGUCUCAGUGUUCCAUAUCCAGGGGUGACCUUCUAUGAAGGUAUCUCAGAGAGCAGCUUGGAGAGGCCAGAAGAGAGUAUUAGCAAUGAAAUUGAGAAUGUGAUAGAAGAAUCCACAAAACCAGCAGUGGAGCAGGUUGCAGAAUUCAGUAUCCACCUUUUGGGGGAACAAUACAAUGAAGAACUACAGGAUCCCUACAGCUUUCACCACCAGCGCCUUGUAGAAGAGUUUAUUUCAGAGGUGGAAAAUGCAUUUACUGGGCUACUGGGCUACAAGGACAUUCAUGUACUUGACUUUAGAUCCCCUAAGGAAAAUGGCAGUGGCAUAGAUGUUCACUAUGCAGUUACCUUCAAUGGUGAUGCCAUCAGCAAUACCACCUGGGACCUAAUUAGCCUUCACUCCAACAAGGUGGAGAACCAUGGUCUUGUGGAAUUGGAUGAUAAGCCCACUGCUGUUUAUACAAUUAGUAACUUCAGAGAUUAUAUUGCUGAGACACUGCACCAGAAUGUUUUGCUGGGGACCUCCUCUUUGAAUCUGGAUCCUGACUCCCUUCAGCUUAUUGAUGUGAGAGGAGUUUUACUUCCCCAAAGUGAAGACCAAGUUUGGAAUACCCAAAGUUCAAGUCUUCAGGAAACCUUACCAUCUAUUCUGGAUAAUACCCCUCAAGCUGAAUGGCCCUCAGCAGAUGAAUUCACCAUGAGCAGUAUUUCACCACUUGAUUUCAGCUCUGGUCCUCCUUCAACCACUGGCAGGGAACUCUGGUCAGAAAGCCCUUUGGGUGAUUUAGUGUCUGCACCCAAAUUAGCCUUUCCCUCGAAGGUGAGCCUCAGUUCUUACCCAGAGGUUUUAGAGGUUAGCAGCUUGACUCUUCAUUCUGUCACCCCAGCAGUGCUUCAGACUGGCUUGCCUGUGGCUUCUGAAGAAAGGACUUCUGGGUCUCACUCAUUAGAAGAUGGAUUAACUAAAGUUAAAGGGUCAGAAGAUUUUCUUUCUAUUGAUCCACUGCCUUCAAGCCCAUUUAGUCGUCCUAUGCCAAAAGAAAUAAUACCAUCCAUGGAAGACUCUGGGGUGUCUUUGACAUCCUCACCAUAUCCGGUCUCCUCUGUCCCAUUCGAUAUUCUUGCUAAAGAAGUAACUACACCUUUUGGCAUGGACUCUUUGGCCUCCAAAGUCAAAGGCCAAUUAGAAGCAAGCACUUGGAUGCCAGACACAUCUAUGGAGAAAGAGUUCAUAUUUGAGAGUGGUUUAGGUUCAGGGUCUGGGCAAAAGGUAGGUCUGAUUACUUGGCCAUGGAGCAAGACUUCAUUAGAGAAGAACACUGAACCAUUUUCCAAGUCAUGGCUUGAAGUUGAGGAUUCAGAGGAUUUACUUUUGCCAACUGAGGAUACAGAUGAGAAACUAGUUAUAGAUGACAGAAUAGAUUCCAUAGAUCAAAGUACUGAGCAUUCAAAAUAUGGGCAUUUUGAUAGAUCCACAAACUUUGCAGAGGAUGAGACCCUUGGUGGACCUACUGUGUCCAUCUUUGCAGAGACCACAACUCAAUCUGCAUCUCCAUUUCUAUCCAAGCACACAUCAGAAGUACCUGACAUUGACUAUUAUUCAAUUACCAAAUCACCUCCUCUACUGACAUCUGCAGCAAUCUCUGCUUCUACUGAUAAACCAAUUCAAGAAGAACCCUUUCUAAAGGAGGAUAUGGAACAAACUACAGAGUCAUCCAACCGUGAAUGGUUUGACAGCAAGAUUUCAGUAGUGAAGCCAGAUGUGCAACCUUUGUGGACCAUAUUGCCAGAAUCAGAUGUAGUUUGGGUAAGAACUUCUUCCCUAGAGAAACUGUCCAGAGACACAUUGGCAAGUACACCACAGAGUACUGACAAGCUCUGGUUGAAAGCUUCCAUGACACAGUCUACCAAAUUGCCUUCAACCACAAGUUCCACCCUGCUGGAAGAUGAAGUCAUUAUGGGUGUACAGGAUAUUUCAUUAGAAUUGGACCAGAUAGGCACAGAUUACUAUCAUCCUGAGCUAAUCCCAGAGGAAAAUGGCAAGGUUGGUGGUUAUGUGGAAAUGUCUACAAGUAUUCACUCCACAGAGAUGGCUAUUGUGGCUCAGCCAACAAAAAGUGAAGACUUGGGUCAUACCCAAGCCGCAGGAGCUUUGGUGGUUUUCUUCAGCCUCAGAGUGACUAACAUGAUGUUUUCAGAAGAUCUGUUUAAUAAAAACUCUUUGGAGUAUAAAGCCCUGGAGCAAAGAUUCUUAGAACUGCUGGUUCCCUAUCUCCAGUCAAAUCUCACUGGGUUCCAGAAUUUAGAAAUCCUGAACUUCAGAAAUGGCAGUAUUGUGGUGAACAGCCGAAUGAAGUUCGCCAAGUCUGUCCCUCCUAAUGUCACCAAUACUGUAUACGUGAUUCUGGAAGACUUUUGCACCACUGCUUACCAAACCAUGAACUUGGCUAUUGAUAAAUACUCCCUCGAUGUGGAAUCAGGUGAUCAAGCCAACCCUUGCAAGUUUCAAGCAUGCAAUGAAUUUUCCGAGUGUUUGGUCAACCCCUGGAGUGGAGAAGCAGAGUGCAGAUGCUACCCUGGGUACCUGAGUGUGGAAGAACUGCCCUGUCAGAGUCUCUGUGACCUACAGCCCGACUUCUGCUUGAAUGAUGGAAAGUGUGACAUCAUGCCUGGGCAUGGGGCCAUUUGUAGGUGCCGGGUGGGCGAGAACUGGUGGUAUCGAGGUGAGCACUGUGAGGAGUUUGUGUCCGAGCCCUUGGUGAUAGGCAUCACCAUCGCCUCCAUGGUUGGACUUGUCCUCAUUUCUUCUGCUUUCGUCUUCUUCCUCAUCAGGACUCUUCAAGCUCGAUAUGUUAGGAGAGAAAGAGAGAGACCCUUCAGUGGCCCCAGCAGGCAGCCUGACAGCCUCUCGUCUGUGGAAAGAGCUGUAAAGCACAACCCCGUGUUUGAAAGUCACGGGGCUGAUCUCGAGCAGUACGAAGGACCCUACCCUCAGCGGCCCUUCUACAGCUCCACAGGCAGAGAGAUGAUUGCUGGUCUGAGCAGGGAAGAAAUCAGACAAAUGUAUGAGAACAGUGAGCUUUCCAGAGAGGAAAUUCAAGAAAGAAUGAGAAUUUUGGAACUGUAUGCCAGGGAUCCUGAGUUUGCAGCUUUUGUGAGAGAACAUCAAAUGUAA